CACCCUGUCGCGUGUCAGAUGACGUGUCGUUCGUAAGCGUGGACCGGCACGCCGAAAGGAAGAAAACGCAGCAUCAGUAUACAUAAUAAUCUCCCUUCUCAUUUUUCAUAGCCUGUCGACAGUCCACCAAGUUUGAAACAUGCCCUUCGCUACGCAGAGCCAGAGAUCAAAUUGCUCAACAGGUCCCGACCGCCUGUCGUCGCGCGUGUCUCGCGUACGUUGCACCGAAGCCCGCCAGAUAUCUCUCCUUGUCUCCCCUCAGUUCGCCCUCCCCAUCUACCCCACUCCGACUCUCCGUCAACAGGUCAGGAAAAGGCACCGGCGUCGCCCAGCCGGGACGGCCUCGCACCAGGGAAGCACGGAUACACAUCUGUCGCCGCUCCGUCUGACCAAGUCUCCGCUGCGGCGAUGGCAGCACGCCGGCCCAACUCUUUGGGAUGCUGGGGCGAGCAGGAGUCCGAUCUACAAUCUCUCAUAUAAGUCCAACGAAAUGAGCGUUGGCUACCACCACAAGGUCACUGUAAUCCCGACCCUCACCUCGAACAGCCCAUUUCAUUGCGUACUAGUCCCGAGGGAAGUCGACAGGCAGGUCCAGUCGAGUUGCUCGGCCUUGGUAUGGGCGGGUAGUCGUCAAUCGAGACGCCGCAUAUGAUAUCGCCAAUCAUCAGACCAAAAGGUCCAGUCCGAGAUAGCCUUGUCUCAUCUAAAACCCAUGGUAUCACACCACCAGAUGCAGUUAGCAGCGCUGAUGGGUGUCAGUGUCGUUGACCGCGU